AGGAUGUCUGAUAGCUGAAAAGAAUCGCACCCUGAGGCGAUCGGGCAAAAGGAGUGAUAAUAGUGCUGGUGAUUAGCUAUUUUCUCUUUUAGGACAUGUAUCUAACCUGUUUAAAUAUGUUGGGGUUGCCAGAUUCUCCAAUUGUAACUCCUUCACCUUUUGUUCGUCAUCCAUAACGAGAUUUACGCCUUCACCCUUGACCUUUUCAUCAUGACUACUACUGGCAGUUGUAUGUGCGGCAACAUCCGGUACCAGUUUACCGGUGAGCCUGCGGUGACCGCCCUGUGUCAUUGCGUAGAUUGUCAAAAGUGGACUGGCAGUGCCUUCACUUCAAACGCAGUGGUACCGCGCACCGCAUUCUCAGUCACGCAAGGAACCCCGAGCUCAUAUGAUGUCACGGGAGCAUCCGGCAAGAUCAACAAGCACUUUUUCUGUGCCAACUGUGGCUCUAGUCUGUACACUGAACUCGAGGUGAUGCCUGAUAUGACAUGCGUUAAAGCCGGAGGGUUGGAUGGGGGCGCUGCUAACCUGGGCAACAAAAUCGGGGUUGAGUUCUAUGUCAAGGACCGUCCUCAGUAUCUGAAACCAUGUGAUGGAGCGAAGCAAGAACCUCAAUUUGGGUAAUACUAUGCUUAAGACGAUGCGCUCAUCUCUAACUUCUGGGUCUGGGACAAUUAGUAGUAUAGCAGUUCGAUUAAUUGUGGUAUCUAAGUAUAUUGGGUAGACGAAAAGUUGCACUUGAUGCUGCAAACAGUAUUAACUACACCCGCCGGUCCGUCUCCAUAGAUCUACGCGCAUGCAGGAGGUAUGUAUUGUUAGGUACUGAGCGUUCAAUAUUGUAGCUGAUUUAAUGGAGUGUUGAUCGAAUUGAUGACGCGUCGUAAUGCCAAUGGUACUGUCUUUGGGGAUAUGCAG